AUGUCUAGAUCCGACAUUACCGGCGUAGAAAAUUUCAGUCCAAACGACAAAACUCGUGAUGGAGAAGUCUCGACAUCUUCAACGAAGAAUGAGGAGACAGGUGAAGGAUCAUCGAAAUACUCAGCGAAUUCUCCAGUCAUACCGACUCUGCAUCAGCUUCCAAACCCUAUACUCAAUGAAUCAAAAUACGAUAAUGAACUUACUUCUACACCUUCACGUCAUAACCGAGAUCGAGAUGGGGAAGAUAUCAAUCUCGGUAGAACAUUAUCAACUGCUACUGUACCUAUAGAUGAUUCUGAUCUACCACCAUUAUCAGCACCACCUUUAUCAGAAUUACGACUAUUUUUAGUAGCUGCAACAGUUACAUUCUCAAUGAUCAUGUCAGCUGCAGGAUCCCAAACGUUGAAUAUCGCUUUACCACGAAUACAAAUAGAUUUAGGGAUAAACGAUUCGGAUUUACAAUGGGUAGCUUCAGCAUAUUCUUUGACGAAUGGAUGUUUCCUUUUAUUAAGUGGAAGAUUAGCCGAUAUCCACGGAAGGAAAUUAGUGUUUUUGUGUGGAGUUAUGUGGUAUGCUCUCUGGACAUUGAUAGGUGGAUUUAUGAAAAGUGGUGUUGGUCUGAUAGUAGCUAGAGCUUUAGCUGGUAUUGGUGCCGCUAUGAGUACACCGAGUGCUGUCGGUAUUAUUGCUGGUAAUUUUACUGGAAAAGCACGUUCAACAGCUUUUGCAUGCUUUUCUGCGGGAGCGCCAGUAGGAGGAGCUUUGGGCUUGAUUAUUGGAGGUUUAUUCGUGUCAUAUGUCUCAGACACAUGGAGAGGUGCAUUGUUCUGCUUAGCAGGAUUAGCUUUCGCACUUGCUACAGGGGCGAUCUUCGUCAUACCUUCAGAUAUUCCUCAUUCUGAAGAUAAAAGGGUGGACUGGCUAGGUGCAGCUUUAGUGACUAUCGGGUUGAUCUUAUUACAAUUUGUUAUCAGUGCAGGAGAGACAGCUCCUCACGGAUGGAAAACUGGAUAUAUUAUCGCCCUGCUCAUCAUUGGCGUUCUGAUGAUUGUCGGCUUCUUUUUCUGGGAAAGAUAUGUUAUCAAUCAAACUACCAAACCACCACUUAUGAGACUUCAACUAUGGACCAGAGCAAAAGGUAGACUUGCAUCUGUUUACUUUAUUGGUUUCGUUGCUUGGAUGGGAUUUGUCUCUCUGUUCUAUCACGCUACUUUGUAUUACCAACAAGUUCAAGAAACUGGUCCUAUCGGUGCAAUGCUUCGGUUCCUACCUACCUCCGUGUCAGGAGUGCUGUGUAAUGUUAUCGUGGCUUUCUUGAUCAGUAAAGUGCCAACUCAAUGGCUAGUAUGUGUGGGUUUGAUAGCCACGGGACUUGGAAACGUCUGCUUCGCCAUCUCUUGGGAAGAUACGAAUUACUGGAGAUUACCUUUCAAUGGAAUGUGGCUAUCUGUUAUGGGUGCUGAUUUCUUAAUGGCAACAGGUCUAAUCUUCGUAGCGGCCUUGUCUUUACCCGACGAACAUUCAGUUGCGGGAGCUUUAUUUCAAACAUUAAUACAAUUAGGUGGAUCUUUCGGUUUGGCAAUCACUACUGUUAUAUCAGAUGUUCAACGUCAAAAAGCCCUUGAUAACGGAUCGACGAGUAAAAGAGCUUUGUUAAUAGGAUAUCAUGCCGCUUUUUGGCUGGGUGCAGCCACAAGUUUCGCUGCAUUGUUCAUUGCAUUGAUUGCUUUGAGAGGUAUGGGUACUAUUGGGAGAGGUGUUAAAGGUAAUCAGAAUAAGGAAAAUAACAAGGAUGAACAAAAAGACACGGAUAUAGGUGUACCUGUACCAAAUCGUGUAUCAGGAGAAGAAAAAGUUUAA